AUGACAGUAUUGUGCAAAGGCAUGGCCUACUCCACCAAGUUCGUUCAUCCAAUCAAGCACUCUUUUACUUUAAUCUCGUCUCACAGCUCAUCAUUUUCUCACCUGAAGCGGUUCAAUUAUGGCAAAUUCGAUUUCGUAAAAUCAUUUCUGAAGAGCAUAGAACCCUCAGUUUGCGGACGUGCCUCCUUGCUCAAAUCCGAUGUAAAUACAACUAGAAAGUAUCUAAGAAAUAUCUAUUUUUGUGGAAGUAAGUUCAGCAGCGGAAUCAUUUUAGGUGUGUCAAUUGCAUAUGGGUCAGUUAUAGCUUAUGCUAUGGAUGCUCAGGAUGCUCUAGUGGAUGACCCUUAUGAAGACUCACUGGACCUUUCAAAGGAGGAAGAACAUCAGCACCAUCUGUGGACGUUUGCUCGGAGAUUCUGGCUUCCUGUCUUUCUCUUUCUUACCGUGUUGACAAACUUGGAUGAUCCAAUCUUGCUUCUACUCAUUAAAGUUACUUUAUUCCUCCUCAGCACAAAGCCCAAUCCCUACUCUGUUUAUAUUUUCGUUGAUCAGGUCUGAAGUCAUUCUUCAAAUUGCCUCGUUAACUUCUUUAGGAACACUUGCUGUAUAAUUUUUCUUUUCUUUUCUUUUUUUGUCUUAUUUGGCUUCUAGCCUCAAGGUCACUCUACUGGACUAGGUUCGUUAUGGUACAUUGGGCCCAAAAAUGCAUUGUGCAAGAAUCCUUAGUUCCAUUCUUUUUCCCCCCCUUUUAGAUACUUUACCAGAAAGAAGGGAAAGAGUAAUAAGAAAUGACAUUCUUACGUUUGAUCUUGUUUCAAUAACAAGUUUUU